AUGCGCUUGAAUUUCAGGACGGGUACCGCUUUAUUGCACGGCUUAAGCCACUACAAUGUCACCUCAUUAUCGUUUGCCGUCGAAAAUGAUCACGGCUUGGAGGAUAUUGAUCUUUCCAUAAAUUUCCCAAAUGUUCACACGCUUCAUAUUGAACUGAAGAAAUCCACUGAUGGUUUCAAUGGAUGGACAAUAUUUGGACAAAUGACCUCAUUGAGGACGUUGAAAUUGAUAAAUUUCAACUUUGAAUUUGGUGAUUAUGCUCCCCCAUGGACCGAGAGUUUGCAUCGUUUACACGUCGAGAACAGCACACUCAGUUAUCUGCCCAAGUGGCUGCCGUUCGCUAAAUCUCUGGAACGUCUCAUCGUAAGAGGAACGAAUAUUGAUUCGGUCAUAACAAUUAGCACGAUGCGAUCGCUAGUGAGUGUGAAGUUAAGCAAUAACAAAAUCAAAGAUCUCGCGAGGAUUUCGUUCAAAUGCGAUCACAUGCAAGAACUCGAUCUGAGCUCUAAUCUGAUCGAUCGAUUCGCACAACAUACGUUCAGUCAAUGCUCACAGUUGCGACUUCUCGAUUUGAGGCGGAAUCCGCUUAAAGCGCUACCGUAUCGUGGACUGCAAAUGACCACCAAACUGAAGUGGCUUCGAUUGUCCGAAACACAAAUUGAUGUUCUAUCAGCUGACCAUCUGAUUGGACUGACUUCAUUAAGAACUUUAUCAUUAAGUGAUACUCCAUCAUUGAAAUCCAUUGAAUCGUUCGCAUUUCUACCUCUGAAAUCGUUGAGAACACUCGAAUUGGAUCGUUCAAAUCUGACGCAAAUACCGCUAGCUGUUACACAGUGCUGUCAUUUGAGCAGUUUGCAUUUAUCUGGCAACUUGUUUCAUCUGAAACAAUCAAUGCCUCCCGAGAUUGUUGGACUUCUUUCACGACUCACUUAUCUGGCGUUCGAUUGUAAUCCGCUUUCGGAAUAUCCCGUUGGAUUAUUUCUAAUUCCUUUCUCUAAUCAU